ACAGAGAUUAACAUACAAAGUGUACCCUUAUAAGGAGAGAAUGUUUAAUUUCUAGUCUUUUAUAAAGCAAAAUGAAAAAUAAUAAAAUUUUUAGGAAGAAGGUUAAGUUUGUUAAAUUUAGAUCACGUCAUGUGAUGUUCUUGGCAUCCGGUAAUAUACCUACCGGUUUUCAUGAAAAACACGCCUUUGCAUUAAAGUAAUGUGCAACGAUUGAAUAAUUGUAUUAAGCGAAACUACGACUACAAUGUUCUUAUUGGUUUUCUUUUUUUUUUGGUUCUCAUAGAUUUACACGGGCACUUAGCAUUAUGACAUCUAUUGAUAUCAAAGCAUAGCGAAACUGUUACGAAGGAAGCUACGUGCAGCUUUAAAUAAACCUCAGAUAGCUUAACGUGAAAUCAUUUUUUGCCAACUGCAACAGGAAUAAUAAUCACAUUGGCUAACGACGUCGAAUGUUAGCGAGAAAUUUUUGCAAAAAUAUUUUUUCUUUUUCUUCUAUUUUCUUCUACUUUCUUUCAAAUUGAAUUUUGAAAUUCAAAUUUCUGUCUGGAAGCAUUGAGACAAAAUGUAAAUGAUUGAAUGGACUUUGAAGUUCACACCGACCAAGAAGUUUUUUUUAGCUUUAUCUGAUGUCUGUGAGUGAAAUGGCUUUGGUUUGGUGUAUCCCUCACAUGCUUUAAAGAUUAAUAUAAAACAAGUUUUAUGUAAUAUUAUAGACAGACAAACACCCGAUACAUAUACAUGCUGUCUGCUGCAGUCUUUCGAAAGAAAAAACAAAACAAAAAGAAACAAGAAAUUGAAUUUUUAUCCGCGUUUGUACGAAUUUCCUAACACCUAUUACUACGCAGCUAAUAGUGCCAAAACAUGAUUCGAAGGAACUGGUUUUAUGAGAUUUUUUCAAUAAAUGUUGAACUCACUGAACUCGCAUUCUAUGCUUGUGAGAAAUAAACCAAAAAAAUAGAUUAAACAAAAAAAUGAGAAUAAGAAAAAUUGAAUGAGUUUAUAAAAUUUAUUAUUAAAGAAAGUACUAAAAAAAAAUUAUUGAUCCACGUAACUGCAACUAGCUAGAAAAAUAGAUCAUGUACUCGGCUAAAUUGCAACAUUUCUAACUUCGGAAAGGAGAAGAACAAAAGCGGUACAAAAAACAAAAAAAUAUAUAACAUUUUUUUACUAAAAAGUGCAGUGCAGUGAAAAAAUAUAAAAUCAUGAAAAGAAAAAAAAUAUUCUAAAUAAAAUUUAAAAACAGAGUAACUGUUAAAUAGAAAUCAAUAAAAACGGGGUAGACUUCUCAUCAAAGUGAAUAUCUACAGAUUAUAGAAAAAUAAUAAUAAUAACAACAACAACAUAUAUAUAUAUAUAUAUAUAUAUAUGAACAAAAUGAAAUUAUUUAAAAACGAGAAAUUUGCAAACAUUCUUAUGUUGCUAGUGGUUGUUAACAGCAGCAGCAACAUGUGCAUGGCUUUAUCGAACAACUGUUUGCAGAAAACUGAAUCCCUCGAUCCUAUGGCUGCCUCGGAAUCGGAGCAAUACUUUCCUGCUAACCCGGACCGGUAUAACAGUGAUCCAAGUUACAUGAUGUCGCACUAUAAAAAUUUAAGCUUUGUUGCUUUGCUGCCGAGUCACGAGCAACAGAACAAAAACGAUUGUAUUAUGCCCAAGGUUUUGCCUGUACUCGAGUUAGCCAUCAAACACAUUCAAAAUUUAGGUUUCGUUCAUGGCUCGCGUAUCGAUGUCACUUUAAUAUCACGCGAUACGAAUUGUUCAUCAAUUCAUGGUCCCAUUGGUUUCUUCGAGAUUUAUAUGAAAUUUUCCGAGCUGAACGCUGUUUUCGGCUUACCAUGCGAGUAUGUAUUGGCGCCGAUUUCACGUUAUGCCGGCGUCUGGCAAAUACCUGUACUUACGUCUGGUGGCAAUGCCGCCGACUUCUCGAACAAGGCCACUUCGUAUCCCACACUAACAAGAUUAAAGGGAGCUCAAGCCAACAAUUUAGGUAAUGCGGUACGCGCCAUAAUCGCGAAUUUCAAUUGGACGCGAACAGCAUUAAUUUAUCAAAACGAGCAUACGAAAAUUAAGGGAAAUUCGGUUUGUUUUUUUUGCAUUGUCGUAGUCCAUGAUAAAUUGAACGAACAUAAGGCAUCAGUCUAUCAGCAAGCUUUCGACACGGAUCAAUGGAAGAAAACCGAUAUCAUACGUAUGCUGGUGACGGUCUCCAAACACACAAGAAUUGUAAUCAUGUGCGCGGAUCCGCAAUCCAUACGUAAGAUCAUGCUAACCGCCGAAGAGUUAAAUAUGAUCGAUAGCGGUGAAUAUGUCUUCAUAAAUAUUGAAUUAUUUUCAAGAGCUCCACAAUUAACAUCGCAGCCUUGGUACGAUAAAGAGGAUACGAGGGAAAAUAAUGAACGUGCACGGAAAGCUUACACGGCUAUGCUGACCGUAACACCGAAACAACCCAACGACGAUGAAUACAUACGCGUGUCAAAUGAGAUUAAAUCUAUAGCGGCAUCUAGAUACAAUUACACAUUUCAUAAUAAUGAACCAAUCUCGGCUUUUGUAACGUCAUUUUACGAUGGCGUUCUAUUAUACGCCAGUGCUUUGAACGAUAGUAUACGGGAUGAUCCGACGAUAUUAAAUCGUCCCAUCAAUGGCACAGAAAUGGUGCGACGUAUGUGGAAUCGCAGUUUCAAGGGCAUUACGGGCAACGUGACCAUCGAUGCUAAUGGAGAUCGGAUAUCUGCCUACUCGCUCCUGGACAUGAAUCCCGAAACGGGUCGUUUUGAGAUAGUCGCCCAUUUCCAGCAAAAUGUUUUGGAAUUUGUAAAUAAAAUACAUUGGGCCGGGAAUCGAACAAAAGCGCCCGACGACAGCCCUGUUUGCGGUUACGACGGGACCCUAUGUCCAGAAAGUUCAUUACCGGGUUACGCUAUACUUUCCUUAAUACUUGGCGUAGUUGUUAUUAUAAUAAGCGUUUGCUUUUUUGUCAGUUAUCGCCAUUAUAAAUCCGAAGCAGAAAUCAAUUCAAUGGCUUGGAAAAUUAAUAUCGAUGAAGUUAUUUGUCAUAAUUCAGCGGGACGUUGCCUUCGUGGCUCUUUGUAUUGUUUAGUUAAGCACAGUUCACAAAUGACUUUAAUGUCUGACGACAUGAACUCUUUAAGUGGUGGUGAUCGUCAAAUUUUCAUACCUGUGGGUUUUUAUCGGGGUUGCAAAGUAGCAAUCAAAACCAUUAAUAACAAUAUAAGCUUAACGCGCUCUCUAAUGCUGGAACUGAAGCGAAUGAAAGAUUUGCAACAUGAUCAUUUGGUAAAAUUCUACGGUGCCUGCUUGGAUCCAACGAAAAGUUUCAUUUUAACCGAAUACUGUCCGAAGGGCUCUUUGCAAGACAUUCUAGAAAAUGAGCAAUUCCAGCUUGAUUGGAUGUUUAAACUAUCACUUAUGCAUGAUAUUGUCAGAGGCAUGCAAUUUUUACAUAGUUCCGAUAUUAAGUCGCAUGGAAAUCUAAAAUCAUCCAAUUGUGUGGUCGAUUCUAGAUUUGUAUUGAAAAUCUGCGAUUUCGGUUUGCAUACAAUGCGAACGCGACGUAAUGAGGAUCAAUGCAGCGAUGUCGAAAACUGCAACAGUCAUGCAUAUUGGAGUAAACUUUUAUGGACAGCCCCGGAAUUGCUCAAAAUGGGGGAUCAACGGCCGCCAGAAGGAACGCAAAAAGGUGAUGUCUACUCGUUUGCUAUUAUUAUACAUGAGAUAACGACACGUCAAGGUCCAUUCUAUUUGGGUAAAUUGACAGACGAGAAAUCGCCUGAAGAAAUCAUCCAUUUGAUAAAAGGCUAUCCACACUUAAUGCAGUCCCCUUUUCGACCGCAAUUGGUGGAUAUAUCGCCUGAUUUCAAAGAAAUCAACAGUGUAAUGCAAAAGUGUUGGUCCGAAGAACCUAAUGAACGGCCAGAUUUUAAUGCUUUGAAAACGAUUAUCAGAAAUAUUAACAAAGACAAUGAAACUGGUAAUAUUGUUGAUAAUCUCCUAAAACGUAUGGAACAGUAUGCAAAUAACUUGGAAGAACUGGUUGAAGAACGCACUCAGGAUUAUUUGGAAGAGAAAAAGAAAUGUGAAAAGUUGCUUUAUCAGCUUUUACCACAAAGUGUUGCAGCCCAGUUGAUAAGUGGCCAGCCGGUAGUGGCUGAAUUUUUCGAUCAGGUCACGAUUUAUUUCAGCGAUAUUGUUGGUUUUACCGCGAUUUCGGCCUCAAGCACACCUAUGCAAGUUGUACAAUUUCUAAAUGAUCUCUACACCUGCUUUGAUUCAAUUGUUGAAAAUUUUGAUGUCUAUAAAGUGGAGACUAUUGGUGACGCCUACAUGGUUGUUUCCGGUUUACCGAUACGUAACGACAAUAAACAUGCCCCCGAAAUAGCGCGAAUGGCUUUAGCCUUACUGGAAGCUGUCCACAAUUUUAAAAUUCAUCAUCGUCCUAAUGACCGUUUAAAACUGCGUAUCGGUUUACAUACUGGUGCUUGCGUGGCCGGCGUUGUCGGUUUAAAAAUGCCAAGAUAUUGUUUAUUCGGCGAUACGGUAAAUACUGCCUCCAGAAUGGAAUCGAAUGGUGAAGCUUUAAAAAUACACAUAAGUGAAAAAACGAAACUGGCUUUAGAUGAAUUUGAAAGUUUCGUAACAACACGUAGAGGUUAUGUGCCUAUGAAAGGUAAGGGCGAGAUGUUAACUUACUGGCUGGAAGGUGAAAUAGCGAAAACGGAAUCUCCGCUGUUAACAGAUAAACUAAUGAUUUCGCGACGCUGUUCAUUAAAACAAAAUCCACGUUAUGGCUUAACGAGUAAGCAAUAUAAUGAGAAAAUUGCCAACUUCAGUUAUCACAAUUCCCCUAACUUAAGAGUAAAGCGUAAGAUUUCCUCAUCUUCGCCCAAACUUAAUGAUGCAGAAUUUAAGACUGAAGAUUUCUAUUACAAUUUCGGAACGAAUCCCAAUGGCAAAAUUCCAACAAGUCAUUUACGCCCAUUAGCCAACGACAUUCACAGCAGCCGUUCUUUCAGAGAAGACAGCGUUCGAGAUACGAAUUGGGAAAUGGCGAAUUUUCGUUUACCUCUAUCGGGCACUUUAAAAACUCAUGCAAACGCUAAAUUGCAAGGCUAUUCGCAACUGUCUUCUACUCAGUCAAAUUUCAAUCUAAGUAACUCACAAUCUAUAUCUGCAAAAUUAAAAAUAAAAAACUCCUCUACUAUUGCGAGUGCAAUGAAUAACAAUAACGAUUCGAUAGGUAGCAUGAAUAACACUAAUCGAAUUAUUCCGAAUGGGACAAAAAGCAGCGAAGACGGCCAAAAUUUGGUGCCACAAGAAACACAUGAAGAACGAGAAGAGGAACAGAUUGAAGAAGCCAUAAGCCCUCUGGAACAAAAUUAUGAAAAAUUUAAGGAAAGCAAAUCUGUGAAUAAUAGUACAAUACCAUUAGAUUUUCCUCACGAAACCCCGCUAACGCUUAAUAUGAAUGUGAUCAACGCCAGCGACGAUAGGCAUUAUGAAAAUGUCAAUAGCUUAAAUAAUGUAAAAAAAUUUAUUACAAUACCUAACAAGAAGUCGAAUGCGCAAAUGCCUCAUAAUAGCAGAGGGGAAAGAGAGGAAUUUGCCAGCCCCGAAGAAGACGAAAUUACGGAAAAUUUUAUUCAUAACAAUAGUAACAAUGAUCGUAGUCAUCAUCUGAAUCAUCUUCAUUCCCACCACGCCCAUCAUCAUAGUAACAGUACCGCAGUUACGCAGCCAUUAUUAGCCAAAAUAAACUCAUAGCAUAAUCUAAGGAAUUUAAGCGAAUAUUAAAAGAAAGUACCAAAAGAAAAUCCUAAAGAAAUAUUUGCGUUUUCUUUUUAUUUAAAAAUUUUUCGAUCUAACUUAUUUGAGUUCAAAUUGAAAUUGUGAAUAAUCAAGCUUUUUAGAGUUAAGAAAACUAUUUAUAGAUGUCGACCUAAUUAAAAUUAAUAAUAAUUACAUAUAAAUUAGCGUUAACGAAGAAGUGACAAAAACAGUAUUUCUUGUUUCAUAAAACAAAUAAGAUGAAAAUAUUUUUUAAAAAUUUUAAUGAUAAAUGUUCCUUUCAAGAUUUUCC